UGGUGCACCUGUCGUUGCUGCCCAUCUUUUCUCGGACGGUGAUGGUCCGUACAAAAUGUCAUAGUCAGACGAUGCUUGCAGGGCUACCCAACCACAUGGCGCCGGGUGGCCAAACUGACGUUUCUUGAAGGUGCAGCAAUUAAAUUCAGGGUGAGUCGUCAGGCAAACACCACGCUACUACCAGCUAAAGCACUUGUUGCUGCUGCGCAGAGCCACUGCGCAUCAUAGGCGACAGAGUGGCCGAAUUGCCAAUAGGAAAGUAUUGGACCUAAUUUUCUGAACAUAAUGAACAAUGAAAAAACAAAUAGUAACCAAAAAAUAUUGUAAGGGACAAUGAGUUUACAACUCAAUUAUAGUGGCAAUGGAAGUUCGGAGCGGGAGGACGUGGGAGGAACUGAUGAAACAGGUGAACACGACUUUGCGCUUCUAAAAGCUGGAGUUUUGGGAUUGAUUUUUGUCUUAGCCACAUGUGGGAAUUUGUGCCUUCUACAUGCACUUUGGAGGAAGCGCAAGAUGAAUACAAGGACCCAUCUGUUCCUUCUGCACCUGUGCUUCGCGGACCUAGUGGUCGCUUUCUUCCAAGUCCUACCGCAGCUCUGCAUGGAGAUUACACACCGGUUCCGAGGCUCAGAUUUCGUCUGUAGGUCGGUGAAAUAUCUUCAGGUGGUUGGGAUGUUCGCCUCCACAUACAUGAUAGUGGCCAUGACCAUAGAUCGGUACCAUGCGGUCUGCAAACCCAUGGUGUCGUUCGUGAAGGGUUCCUUUAAGAGGUACGUCGCCAUAGGCGCAGCGUGGCUGAUCUCUCUGGCUUUCAGCACUCCGCAACUCUUCAUCUUCUCUCUCCAAGAACUAGAGGACAACCUGUAUGAUUGUUGGGCGACAUUUAUCGAACCUUGGGGUUCUAAGAUAUACAUCAGCUGGAUCACUUUAUCAGUGUUUGUUCUCCCGGUUAUUAUCUUACUGUACUGCCAGAUUAAAAUAUGCACGGGGAUAUACUUCAACAUGAAGAGAAAGGCGCUCCAGGCUUCCACGAGCGACAGGCGCACGGGCACCAAAGGGGUCUCGAGCGCGAUGUUGAAGACGGUCAAAAUGACAUUCGUCAUCAUUAUGGUCUACUCGAUAUGCUGGAGCCCCUUCUUUGUGGUCCAGUUGUGGUCUGCAUGGAGUCCCAGUACAGCGCCCACAAAUGGUCCACUGUUUGUCAUCAUCAUGCUGCUUGCCAGUCUAAACAGCUGUACCAACCCUUGGAUCUAUCUUUACUACAGCUAGAAGAAACUAUGUUGGACUAGCUCUGGUCCGGGGCGUUACUUUCAGCUUCACAGAAGGCUCAGCAUCAGCAAGCCACACAUAACACCAUGGACCAGAGCUAUUGAUGGACCAUAUGGGCAGUAAGGAAACUCCCCCUACUCCACUGCUUCACCUUCUACUGUAUAUAGCAUUUCUUUGAUGUCAUUGAAGACCCAUGGUUUAGACACAUGUAAAUAUAUGUAAAUAUCCUUGUUGAUUCAACAUCAAUAUUGGUACGUCAAGCCGGCCAUUUCAGCUCUCAGCGGUAAGCAAAUGUAAUGUAUAUUCUUUCAAGCUAAUAUUCUAUAAGAGGUGCAGGAACUGGAGCAGUAGAACAUUUGAGGUGGCGGUACUCAGUUCCGGUGAGCUCCUGUCCAGAUCAAUCACUGAUUAUCUGGGAUGACAGGCCACCAGAAAAACUAUUGUGAGGAAGGAUAUGGGCAUCAGUGAACAACGAAUGGUUGCUUUGUGAGUAUAAUGUGUAUUUAUCAUGACUAUCUGGUCCAUAUAUUUAUUGACGUGUUUGAACUUUGACAUGUCUUUACAUAGAUAUCUGUAUUUUCUCUGUUUUUGUGUAAUGCAACAAUAAAACACAUGUCUGUACAUGAUUUGAAUAAUUAACUGAACAAGUCUGAAAGUAUCUAUCUACUAAUACUAACAUUAUUUUAAAACCCUGGUGCAGAACUCUGUUCAGGAGGAGUGUAACUGUUUCCUGUAGGUGGGGUCGUGUGGUUGUGUUGGUGCAGAACUCUGUUCAGGAGGAGUGUAACUGUUUCCUGUAGGUGGGGUCGUGUGGUUGUGUUGGUGCAGAACUCUGUUCAGGAGGAGUGUAACUGUUUCCUGUAGGUGGGGUCGUGUGGUUGUGCUGGUGCAGAACUCUGUUCAGGAGGAGUGUAACUGUUUCCUGUAGGUGGGGUCGUGUGGUUGUGCUGGUGCAGAACUCUGUUCAGGAGGAGUGUAACUGUUUCCUGUAGGUGGGGUCGUGUGGUUGUGCUGGUGCAGAACUCUGUUCAGGAGGAGUGUAACUGUUUCCUGUAGGUGGGGUCGUGUGGUUGUGCUGGUGCAGAACUCUGUUCAGGAGGAGUGUAACUGUUUCCUGUAGGUGGGGUCGUGUGGUUGUGCUGGUGCAGAACUCUGUUCAGGAGGAGUGUAACUGUUUCCUGUAGGUGGGGUCGUGUGGUUGUGCUGGUGCAGAACUCUGUUCAGGAGGAGUGUAACUGUUUCCUGUAGGUGGGGUCGUGUGGUUGUGCUCAGGUAAAACUGUUUUUCAUGUUUAAUGUUUAACAUUACUGUACUGUUGUGUUGAUUUCUGCUGCCUUCUCGGCCAGGCCUCCCUUGCAAUGGACCAUCUGUGUCUCAAUUGGCUUUUCCUGGUUAAAUAAAGGUCAAAUAUUAAGUUCCAUAUGGAAGUGAAAUAAUUCAGUGUUUUCUGGUAAAGCACACUAUCAAAGGAAUAACUCAAAUGACUUACAUAUGGUUGGGCUCUCUCCCUUCUAGCUUCAAACAAAAUGGUACCGUGUGGUAAACGUUUAAAAGAAAUUAAGACCAUUGUUACAUUCAACAAUAGUCCUAUGGUUUUCUUUUGAAAAUACUUUUCCAAUAGCAGACACUCAGAGCUGAUUUUCUUCCAGCCAAGUGAUUAUGACACAUGCA